AUGAAGUUCGCCUACCUUCUUCCCGUGUUGGCUGGCAUUGCCCAGGCCACCGUUUUGCUUGACUUUGACAUCCUUAGAGGCAAGGAAGCUCAGCAGUUUGCAGAGCACCACCGCAUUCCAGCAAGGCAGGUUCCUGCCAGGCAGAAGAGAGACGACACCUUGAAUGUGCCCAUCUCGAACGAGGCCUAUUUCUACUUGACCACUUUGAAAGUUGGAUCGGGUAAGCAGGAGGUCCAGGUAUUGGUGGAUACCGGUUCGUCGGACCUCUGGUUCGCUACUUCUCCAUGUUCGGAGUCCCAAUUGUUUGGCUACAAGAGGGAUGUUGAAGAGAAGGAGGAGGAGGAAUCUGUUUCGGAGGCCCCCACGCCAACUUCGUCUGAGGAGAUCUACACUGGCUUCAUUUCCGGAGCCGACUCGUUGAUCCCCCAAUUCUCCUCGCUCGUUUCCUUCGAAUUGGCAAACAACCCAGUGGUUUCCUUGGGCGAAAACGCCUCAAACUACUACUACGCUACCGAGGCUUGCACGGCCUACGGCUCGUUUGCAACCGACUCCUCGGACUCUUUCAAAGCCAACAAGACCGAGCAGCCUUUCUACGUCUUGUACGGCGACAACUCGUAUGCGCUUGGCUACUGGGCCAACGACGACGUUGAAAUUGCUGGUCAGAACGUCGAAAGCCUUUCCUUCGGUGUGGCUCCUUACACUGACUCCGAUAUCGGUGUGUUGGGUAUCGGCUUGCCUGGUCUUGAGGGUACCGUGAGCAUUCGUCACCCCAACAGAUCGUACGAGUACGAGAACUUGCCAUUGCGUCUUAAGAACUUGGACAUCACCAAGGCCAAUGCCUAUUCCGUGUGGUUGGGCAAGAACAACGCUUCCAAAGGUGAGGUCCUUUUUGGCGGCUACGACACCUCCAGGUUCGAAGGCCCAUUGACCAAGUUGCCCAUCAUCAACGAGUACUACGCCUUGGGCGUUAAGAACCCCAUCAGAACCAAUGUCCUUUUGAACGGUAUCCACGGCGAAGGCUUCGAGGUGGACCAGGACAUUGUUGCACUUCUCGAUACCGGUACCACCUUGGCCUACUUGCCCCAGACCUACAUCGACCCGCUUGUGGAGAAAGCCGACGGUGUCUACUGGGACGAGGGAUACCAGUACAACGUUUCCUGCGACUUGCUCCACUCCGAAGAAGAGAUCAAGUUCAAGUUCAGCGGCAUCGACAUCAAGGUGCCCCUCAAGGACUUGAUAUACCCUAACGAGUUGGACGACUGGAGCGAGGGCUGUUUCUUGGGUGUUCUUGACGGCGGCAACGAGAGUGCCAUUUUGGGCGACGUCUUCCUCAGAAGCGCCUACGCCGUCUUUGACUUUGACAACUACGAGAUCGCCUUGGCCCAGGCUGCCGGUGAGGAAAAGAGAGAGAAGGAAGGUUCCCACGUUGUCACCAUCAGCGACGGCAUCCCCAGCGCCACCGCCGCUCCUCUUUACUCCUCGACCUUCUUGAGCGAUGUGUUGUUGAUCAACUCCACCAACAGCGAGUACUACUACUCCACGGCCACUCUUGACCACAUCACUGUGGCUGCGGAGUCCACUUCUGCCAACGGCACCAACGGAACGGGCCCUAGCCCAUGGUACCACAGCGAUUCUGGCUCCGGCAAGAUCAUGCCGUUUUUCGCUGUUGUUGCUGCCGCCGUCGGAGGUGCCUUGUCGUUUUUGUGA